UGGCAACGACACCAAAGAACAGAGUAAGUUCUUCCUUUCAGUAUGGACAACCUCAAGCCGACAAUACUCAUAUGCCUCUUCUCUUCUUUUUGUGGACUUUAGUGCAAAAGGUUAAUCUCAGCACAAGCAACGCCGAUGCCGCAGGCUGUGCAUGCUAAGCAACUCAAAACAACAACAGUACUACAGCAAGAAUCUUGGCUAUUUUUUUCACACUCGUACAACGCUUCUUUCCAACACCUUUGUUUUCAGUAGCAAAGUUCUAAUUUACUGUUUUAUUUAUAUUUGCCAUAUACACAUACAUAUAUACAUUAUUAUACCCUAUAUUACAAGCUGCCCUCCCCACCUUUUCUCCGUUGCUCUUUGUCAUUAUAUCCACAAUUUUCUGUUCGUGGUAUGUAGAUACAAGGCUAUGGCUUUUUUGAUCAAUGGAUCGACACAUACCUAAAUAUUACGUUUGGAGCAAUCUAUCUCAAUGGGAAAAUUGGGCAUUGCUUUGGGGUAGGCUUACUUGAUAACAUCUGUCAAUUUGAGUAUUGUAUUGCAUCUUAGUCAUUGUGUAAUGAUUAUAUAUCCGCGG